UUCGGUCAGUUUGUCGUUGACGAAUAACGCAUACGUCAUAUGCUGUACACAUCGGCAGUUACGAUCGCCUCGACGCUUUUCCUUCUAGCCGAUUCGCGAUUAAAUUCGCUGUCACGUGUUCUUUCAAGUUUUCGGUUUUCUUAUCAAAAUUCUAAUAUAAUAAUUAUUAAUUAUCACGUUUGUACCCAUCGCAACAGACAACGGAGAGAAUAGAGGACGAUAUACAUCGAUCGAGUCUCAUAAUAUGCGUACACCAAAUUAUUGUCAUGCUACUCGUUUCUCAGCAAAUAAAUCUUGUAUUAUCGUAACUGUAGUUUAGUUUUCAAAGUGAAUAGACGUUUAGGUACUUGUCUAGGUACUUGCAUAGUUCGGAAAGAAGAGUCGCAAAAGACUAACGCGCAAUGUUGCAAUGAAAAUGCUAGUAGAACAUUCUUUUGUUUUUCUUUUUAGAAAUAUAUUAAGAUACGUACGUAUUAAAUACGUACUGCAUGGUAUGCAUACGCUACAAACAGCUUCCAACUUGGUUGCGUGGCCAUAGAGGAAAGGAGCAGCGCAUCGCUAGCUCCAUCUAGACUAACCUAUAAUAUUUCAAACAAAUUUCGAUUUACAGUUCAUGUUUACGUUUCAUGUUUAUCAUUGAAAUUCGUGGUUACAUCUAAUGAUAAAUCUGAUCAAUCCGUAUCCUUUACUUCUGGUAAAGGAUAUCAGAUUUAAAGCAGACUAAAGAAAAAUCUAUUCUCACUCGCCGAUCCUUCAGCUUCUAACGAUAUUUUUAAACGGCAACGGCAGGUUGUAGAACUUGUAACUGCGCCGCCUAUUGGACUGUAUUUCAGCAUAAUCGCGUGAUUAAUAAUCGUGUUGUCGAAUACAACAUUUCAGGUAUUGCUAAAUAAAACUAUGAAUUCGAUAGUUGUAUGCAUUCACGAUCAAAGUUACUCAAGUUUUUAGCGGUUUGACGUUGUACUGUCGUAUCUAAUCGAUGCACGAUAACCUCGUCUCGAGUGACUUUUUAGUUUGUCCAUGCAUGUGCUACAUUGCGCGCAUCGUUCUACACCAAAGAAUGUUAUGUGUCAUUCAAAGAUGAUAAAAAUAACAAACGAUUAAAAUCACCUGGAAAACAGUGUCUAGAUACACUCGAAUUGGAUAGAAUGACUCGCGAGAUGGGGGAUGUCGAAGAAUUUAAACUAGUUGUUUCUCGCCGAAAGAAACGCGUGUCUCACAUUCGAAACAAGUGUGAUUCGAAUGUACCUUUAUCAGUCAACGACAACGAGAACGAUCAUUUUAACGAUGUUAAUUGUGAAUCCCUUUUCGGAAGACUGCUCGAGACGGAGACUGAAUUUAGAGAUUCGUUGUUUGCCGAUAAUGUUUUCCACUGUAUAAAAACAUCUUUGAAUGCUUUGAAUGUCAGUGGUAUUUCAGAGAUACUGUGUUACGGUCUGGGUUCUUUCUCGAGUCAGAAAUCUGCCAAGUAUCAGUUGGCAUUGCUACUGUCUUUGAAAAAUCAUUAUUGUUCGCGAGUACGUGUGUACGAUCCAAUUUUUACCCCGAUAGAAAUGAAGCUUUUAACAAGAUUCGGCUUGGAUGUUUUAAAUGUUAACGAGGAAGGCAAACGGAUCGUCGAGGAUGAUACGACGCUUGUUUACAUGCCCCACUGUUCGAUACAUUUAAUUAAUAAUUUCCUCUAUGCCAAUUGGGGUAAGAGGUUAAGCAAAUGUAUUCUUUUGACUAAUAGCUUCUCCGUUGUGGUGGAUAAUUUAAUAGCAUCCAAUGUGUCUGUUCGAGUCGAUUAUAUCGUGCGUAUUCGACCAUACGUCAGAGAAAUUACUUUGCGAAAUAAUUUUCCGCACGAACAAGUAUUCAACGAUUUGAACAUUCACAUAUUUUUGGAAGAAGAUAUCGCUAAAGUGCCUGGGAAUUUCUGGACUGAGAGAAAAGAACCCUGCUACUCGAACACGAUCAUUGACUAUUUCACUGUGAAACAAACGGAAGAAAUAGAUGCUAAGAACUAUAAUUAUCUUUCUAGGUUGACUCGAUGACGAAAACCAACGUACAAUUGAUUCGUGCGCUUAUACAAGAAAUUCGACGGUCGACAUCCGAAGGAAAGGGGCAAAAUGAUAUCAUGGUGCGUUACAUUUUGGAGCAGGCACGGGCUCAUCGAGAAACUUCCGAAGUGUUGUGUAAAGC